UAAGGUGGGAGCUGGAGCAGCUGCUAUUUAAGAGGUGGUGGUGGUAGUGCUGGUUCUGUAGUUAGGCUACUCCGUCCUGCUGGGGCUUAGUCUCGUUUGCUGAAGGGGCAGUAGAACUCUACCAUGGAGGGUGUAGGGGGUCUCUGGCCUUGGGUGCUGGGUCUGCUCUCCUUGCCAGGUAUGAUCCUAGGAGCGCCCCUGGCCUCCAGCUGCUCAGGAGACUGUGGCACCAGCUUCCCAGAUGGCCUCACCCCUGAGGGAACCCAGGCCUCCUGGGACAAGGACAUUCCUGCAAUUAACCAAGGGCUCAUCCCGGAAGAAACCCCAGAAAGCAGCUUCCUCAUCGAGGGGGACAUCGUCCGGCCGAGUCCCUUCCGACUGCUGUCAGCAACCAGCAGCAAGUGGCCCACGGGUGGUGGCGGAGUCGUGGAGGUCCCCUUCCUGCUCUCCAGCAAGUACGAUGAGCCCAGCCGCCAGGUCAUCCUGGAGGCUCUCUCGGAGUUUGAACGUUCCACGUGCGUCAGGUUUGUCGCCUACCAGGGCCAGAGAGACUUCAUUUCCAUCAUCCCCAUGUAUGGGUGCUUCUCGAGUGUGGGGCGCAGUGGAGGGAUGCAGGUGGUCUCCCUGGCACCCACCUGUCUCCAGAAGGGCCGGGGCAUCGUCCUUCAUGAGCUCAUGCACGUUCUGGGCUUCUGGCACGAGCACGCGCGGGCCGAUCGGGACCGCUAUAUCCGUGUCAACUGGAACGAGAUCCUCCCAGGCUUUGAAAUCAACUUCAUUAAGUCUCGGAGCAGCAACAUGCUGACGCCCUAUGACUACUCCUCUGUGAUGCACUAUGGGAGGCUCGCCUUCAGCCGGCGCGGGCUGCCCACCAUCACACCGCUUUGGGCUCCCAGCGUCCACAUCGGCCAGCGAUGGAACCUGAGUGCCUCAGACAUCACGCGGGUCCUCAAACUCUACGGCUGCAGCCCAAGUGGCCCCAGGCCCCGUGGGAGAGGGUCUCAAGCCCACAGCCCUGGCAGGAGCCCCGCUCUGGCCUCCCCAUCCCUGCAGCAGCUUCUGGAGGCACUGUCAGCGGAAUCCAGGAGCCCCGACCCCAGUGGUUCCAGUGCGGGAGGCCAGCCCGUUCCCGUGGGGCCUGGGGAGAGCCCACGUGGGUGGGAGUUCCCUGUCCUGAAAAAGCUCAGUGCGGAGGCCUUGGCAAGGCAGCCUCAGACCCUGGCUUCCUCCCCGAGGUCAAGGUCUGGAGCAGGUGUGCCCGGUAUUGCUCAGGAGCAGUCCUGGCUGGCCGGAGCAUCCACUGAGCCCACAGCCCCAUCUUCAGAAGCGGGAAUCCAGCCAGUCUCUGUCCAGGGAAGCCCAGCUCUGCCAGGGGGCUGUGUACCUGGCAAUCAUUUCAAGGGGAGGUCCAAAGAUUAAGCCUGUGGCUUCUGUCACCAGGUAGGGAGGGCAUCCUCUGCCCAGUGGAGCUGAGUCAUCUACCUCUUGGCUCCUCUGGGCCACACACUAUCUUCCAGCCCCAACCUACCACCCCAUCUCAGAGGGCCGGGCCUCUUCCCGUCUCUCUCCACGGUGUUCCCUAAGGGCUCCUAGGGCCAGGGGUUCUUCUAGCUCUGCCACAGGGGAAGGCAGGCCUGGCUCUGCCUGCUCUUGACUUUUGCCCCAGUCCUGGAAGAUGCUGGGAAUGGGAGGUGACAUUCUCCAGGGACAGGUCCUCGAAGGAGUGGGGAAGAAGUAGGUUCCAGUCAUGCCAGAACCCUGGAAUCCCUCCUGUGCCUGAGACCCUGCCCCCCAGCAUAGACUAAUGGUGUCCCUACCUCUCCCUCAGGGUAACCCUGUGGCUGGGACCCUGGGAACAGCCUCCCAUCCCAGCCAACAUACCCAAGUAUGGGGGACGUUCUGCGGUGGUGUGGCCUCCAGCCCUUCUCUCCAGGAGGCUUUGAGAGCCCAACUCAAUCCCCUGCAGAGCAGGAAGGUGCUGGGUCAAGGGCUGCCACCCAUCGGGGAGAAGAGAAAGACGUGGGCAUCCCCCAGACUGCACAAUGGGAACCCCAGCUGGCCUCUGAACAGAAGAUUCGGUCGUCUCUACCCCAGACCGCUAUUACCUGGAGCUCAGCCAGGCGCAGCCUUGGAAGGAGAAAGGGCUGGGGUUACCUGGCCUGGCCUCCUCCAGGCAGGCCCCCCUCCUCCUCUGCCCCA